AUGUCUGUACCAACACAAAUCACAUCCUCCCCUCAAUACUCAUCCUCUCCUCAGCACGCCUCCCGAGGAUUCUCCGGUCCAAAAACACUAUCACGACCACAGAGCUUUGAUCGUCCUCCUACCGCGCAACGAGUCAGCCACCAUCCGGAGCAACAGACCACAUACGAUGUAGCUGGCGAAACCUCAUCUUUACAUCCCGGAGAUGACGACCGUCAUGAGACAAGUUCCGCUUCGCAGCCUUCAUUUCAACCCUUCUUCACGCUCAUAGAGGAUGCCAACACCUCCGAAUAUUACCACCCAACAGUCCACUACAUCUUCUCCGACGAUGACACAGACAUUGUAACGGAAGCAGCUCUACGCGCCCUAGAAAGCGAGCAAGACAGCUCUCCUGAUCCCUCAAAAAGCAAGGCAAAGUCAGCGAACAAUCAACCCACGAUGCAUCAGCAGGAAGCAGCGGGAAACGAAACUGCCCGCCCGGAGGACGAUGAACCCCCCAGUCCAAAGAAGGAACCCCUCCUGCCCCCUCCGACUCCCGGCGUUCGCGACAACUACAUCAUCCUCGACAUGGAGCUCGCGAAUCCUGAUGAUGCGAAACACCCGAGCUCAGAUCCGGCUCGCGGUGCCAGCACGGCCGGUAUGACGACCAUAUCCACCUCGCCUGCUGCUCAGGGAACACUCCUGCACCAGCAGUCCCCGCCUCCACUACAUGGACUCCCCUCGUCCCAGCAUCAAUUCAAUGUUAUAUCCGCACAUAGCCUGACACCAGCAUGGCAAGUGCUCAGCACGCAAGUCAUACCAGCACCGACAUUCGACAAUAAUGCUACCGGCGAGCAACCUUCAAAUGGUGGCUUAAUGCUCAAGAUCCACGGUACGCCUGGUCUGCCUGUGACUAUGUUUGGAAAGGACAGAGACAAGGAGAGAGGAAGUCAACGACUGGAAGAUAUGAUGGAGCAGUUUGGGAAACGCCUGGGCGAGCUCAGGCAGGUUAUCGAGGCUGGACAACAGGUUCAGUCUACUCAAGAUGCCCUGUUUGAAGGAGAAGAAGUGCUAGGGAAUGUAGAUGCCAACGCUGUUUUGGAUUCAAGCACUCGUGAACAGAUGGAUGGCCAUAGCAAUACCAAGAAUGCAACAGGCGACGACAGCAAUAUCUGA